UCCCGCCCCGAGGGGAGGAAACGGGCCGGCUCCCCACCUCCCCUCUCCCCCGGCCGGGGGCCGGGCACCCAGUGCCGGCGUGGAGCCCGGCCCCGUCUUCGGCGAGACGCUGGCAGGAAACCGGGGCGAGUCGGGACCAGCCCAGCGCAGGCACGAGCGGGACCCACUGCCGCGCGCCCCGCCGCCCCUGUCUGCACCCCGACACUGGCUGGAGGUGGAGGUGCCGGGGCGGCCAUGGAGGCAGCGGUGCCGGCGGAGGAAGCGUUGGUGCUGGUGGAGUACGGCUUUGAGUACCGAGCCAAGGACGGGACCUUGGUCUCCAUCAAACCUAACGAGCGCUACGUCCUGCUGAAACGAACCAACCACCACUGGUGGCACGUCAAGAGGAGCGGGGACACCCGACCCUUUUACAUCCCUGCCCAGUACGUGAAGGAGCUGCCCCCCAUCACUGCCCUGGCCCCGCUCGACCCCCCUCCGCCGGGGCACGCCGGGACGGAUCCAGCCACGCUCGCCCCGCAGCAGCCGCCAGCCUACGAGUAUCGGUUCAUCGGCGCCGCCGAGACGGAGGAGCCGGCCGGAGGAUGCUCGGUGCCCGGGAGGGACUCGCUGCCGGCGCUCAGCUCUUUUCGGGUCGCCCCAGGGCUGAGCCCCAACCCCGGUGAGCCCGUGGGACCCUCGCGCUCCCUGGAUGACCUGGCACGGGUGUCGCCGGCACCACGCGGUGCCACCGCCGUGGGGUCGCGUGGGGACCCCCAGGGACAGACUCACCCACUCGUCAAGAGCCGCUCCGAGACCCUCCACGCCCCUGGCAAGGGCAGGGACACGGCCAGGAGGCGGCUGGGCUCCGGCCAUGCGGCUCAGGCGCGCAAGGACCCGGAGGAGCCGCCUGCCCCCAUCUACCUCAACAUCCAGGAGCUGCGGGAAGAAGCCGCAGCUGCCAGCUCGGCCCCGGAGGAGCCCGGAGGCUCCGUCUCGGAUUGGGAAACCCACACGGAUACGGACAGUGGACAUUUGUUUUAUUAUAACCCGGUGACGGGCGAGACCACGUGGGAUUGUCCCUUUGGGCAGGCAGAAGAUGGAGUGAGUCCCGUCGCCUCUCCCGCCUCCUCAGUCACCCACAGCACGGAGUUUCCCGAGUGGGAACAGUACGUGGACGAAGCCAGCGGACAGGCUUUUUUCUAUAAUUCGGUAACAGGUGAGACGUCGUGGGACCCCCCCCACGCGGGAGACGGAAGCAACCCCCAGGAUAUGUACCCUGGGGUGACGCGGUACGGUCCCAUGGAGCAGAGGCCACCCACUCCCGAAACGGACUAUCCCGACCUGUCUCCAGAUGAGCUGGAGGCUUAUCCUGAGGAGGACUACUCGCCCGUGGGCUCCUACGAUCAGGGGGCUGCUCUCUGUUUGUCCCCGAGGCGCCCCGAGGAGCUGUGCUCACCCCCGGGCUGGUACGGGCACAGCCACCCCGAGGGAGCCGUGUUCUGCCCCGAGCACUUCGCCUCCGACACGGUGCCGGCGGGCAGCCGCCACGACCGGGCCAGCAGCAGCUCCAGCCAGGACAGCGGGCUCUUUGCCUGGCACAGCCCCGUGCCGCCGGCGCCGGGGCUCAAGGAGGAGAAGUUUAAAAGCCUCGAAAAAGCCGGGGUGCUCAACCGGACCAAGACAGUGGACAGAGGGAAACGGCUCCGGAAGAACUGGAGCUCCUCCUGGACGGUGCUGGAGGGGGGGAUCCUCACCUUCUUCAAAGACUCCAAGCACUCGGCUGCUGGUGCCUUGCGGCACCCCAGCACCCUGACCACCCCCGAGCACACGGUGGAGCUGCGCGGGGCCACCCUCGCCUGGGCCGGCAAGGACAAGUCCAGCAAGAAGCACGUCCUGGAGCUGAAGACACGGGAGGGCUCCGAGUUCCUCAUCCAGCACGACUCGGAGCAGAUCAUCGCCGCCUGGCAGAAGGCGAUCGCCGACAGCAUUGGCAGGCUGGGCACCGACCUCCCCGGCGAGGAGGAUGCCGAAAGUGGGGCUGAAUUCGGCUCCCGGGAGAAGCUGGGGGGCGGCGAGGAGAAGAGGGCAGCGGCCGGUCAGGGGCUGGGCAGUGCCGGUGGCGAGAGCGACUCCAGCAAAGUCCGGAACAAACUCCGCAAGUUCCUGCAGAGGCGGCCGACGCUGCAGUCCCUGCGCGAGAGGGGCUACAUCAAGGAUCAGGUUUUCGGCUGUUUCCUGCAAGCGCUGUGCGAGCGGGAGCGGGGGACGGUGCCCCGCUUCGUCCUGCAGUGCAUCCAGACGGUGGAGAGGAGAGGUCUGGACAUCGAUGGGUUGUACCGGGUCAGCGGCAACCUGGCCACCAUCCAGAAACUGCGCUACAAAGUGGAGCACGACGAGCACCUGGACCUGGAUGACGGGCGCUGGGAGGACAUCCAUGUUGUCACCGGGGCGCUGAAGCUCUUCUUCAGGGAACUGCCGGAGCCACUCGUCCCCUUCAGCCACUUCGACAAGUUCAUUGCUGCCAUCAAGAUGCAGGACCCAACCAGGAGGGGCCGGUGCGUCCGUGACCUGGUGUUCUCCCUCCCACCCGCCCACCAUGACACGAUGAAGAUCCUCUUCCGCCACCUCUGCAGGGUUAUUGAGUACAAGGAGGAGAACCGCAUGUCGGUGCAGAGCAUCGCCAUCGUCUUCGGCCCCACACUGCUGCGGCCGGCAAGCGAGGAGGGGAACAUGGCCAUGCACAUGGUCUUCCAGAACCAGGUGGUGGAGCACAUCCUCAACCAGUACAGCUACAUCUUCCCUGAUGGCUAAACCCCCCUGGGGACAGGCAUGGGGACAAGCCCAGCAGUGGGGACAUGAAGGAGCAGCGUCUCAGGGGAAGGACUUGGCCUUGUGUCACCUCGGACGAUGGGUGGUGGCAAGCGUGAGGCUCGACGAAGGGCAGCGCGGUGGCCUGGCUCGCUCGGGAUGCGGCUCGAGGGACGGGUGCCGGAGCUGGGGGCACCCCAAGCACCCCGUCCUCCUCUGCCACCCGCUCCCGCUGGGGCCAGAUCCGCAGCGGUUGA